UUUAGUGAAAUAAAUACUUGUUCCCCAUUGUGUCUUUCAGAUUAUUAUCCACCAACCAUGGAGUCUAUCAUGAAAAUGCCAGAGAUAGAAGAUGGUGACUGUGUCUUUCCAUUCUGGUAUAGAAAUGAAAUAUUCUAUGACUGUGUCAAUUUCAAUGCAAAACACAAGUGGUGUUCUUUGAACAAGACCUUUCAAGGUUACUGGAGGUACUGUUAUGUCUCAGACUAUGCUAAAUGUGCCUUUCCCUUCUGGUUCAGACACAUGAUCUACUGGGAAUGCACAGAAGAUGGGGAAAUGUUUGGAAAAAAGUGGUGUUCACUCACCCCAAAUUUCAACAAAGACCGUAUUUGGAAAUAUUGUACAUAAUGGAUGCAAGUUGAAGAUACUCUAUCACUUGGGGUUUAGAUGAUGGAUUAUGGCAUUUUAUGGAGAGUUAUUGUUUAGCUUCCACAUUUUAUUUGCUAUGUGUGUAAAAUGAAGCCCUUAAAAAUACCAUGUCAAGUGAAAGCAUCUUGGCAAUGUAGUUUCUAUGGUGGUCACAGUCGCACUACUCAGAUGGGGGUGUUGAUAAGAGAGGAGGUGAUACAUGUGUGAGAACAAAGGGAAUAUGAGAAAUCUCCAUCACUUCUGCUUGAUUUUGCUUUGAAGAUGAAAACGGUCUAAUUAAGUCAAUUAGAAGUUCAUUGCUGAAGAAAGACCAAAUUCUGAGAACACCUGCUCCAUGUCCACCUGCCCUGCUCCAUGUCCACUUUGCUUUAUACCUGAGCCAACUCAUCUCAUAGUCCACUCUUCCCUCUCCUAGCACCAUUUGUAUCUGAAAGCGAAGAAUACUCAGCAAAUGCCUCAUUUUUUCACUCAAAAGAGGGACAGCAGGCCAUACAACCUACCUUAACAGAUGAGAAGAAUUUUGCUAAAUAAACACCACAGCAACAUGAAGCAGCUUUGGAAUACUCUACUGAGAGGCAAAAGCUUCAUAAACUGUCUAAAAAAGGGAAGUCAAUUGAACAGAAUUUAACGGAUUUCAAAUAGGAGAUACCAAGGAAUUAUCAACAUUAGACCAGUAGGAGCUGUAUCUGGCACUGUGUAAAUUGGUGGGUGUUACACCUAUCUCCUACUUCAUCCAGAAUACAAAAGAGCCAAUGCAGACCUUAACCACCUAAAGCUUGGUGCUAUAGCUACCAAGAUGAUGGGAAUAGCUUCAGUGAGCUUGUCAGCAGGGUCACAUGAUCUCAACAGACAUCAGCACCCAUUUAGUUCCUGAAAGGAGAAAAGCCAAGAAUUUGAGCUUUAUAGAACUGUGUCUGUGUCCUUUCUUAUACAGGUAGCAAAGUCAACAGUUUUUGGGCAUUGGAAAGGUGUCUGGGUUAGAGCUGGAUGUGGUGAUAUAUUGUGUAUCCUAAUAAACUUGCCUGAACAUCAGAGGACAGAGCCAGCCACUAGAUUAGACAUAGAGGUCAAACAGUGGUGGCACACACUUUUAAUC